AUGAAGACGUCUAUUUCCUCAGAUGUGUGGGAGAAGAAGAAAGCCUUGAUCGCCAAGUUGUAUAUGGAGGAGGAAUGGCCGUUGAAACAAGUCAUCAAGCAGAUCCGAUCUGACGAUUUCAAUCCCAGCGAGACUCAAUUGCGGAGUCGGUUAAAGAAAUGGCGAGUGACCAAGCCAUCACGCCAAUGCCGAAAGAAGCCCUCCGAUGGUGGGGAAUCAGAGAAAGAGGCCAAGGAAUUAUCCAAAUCUCCCCUUAACAGACCAGCGCCAGUACCCAAGCAGAAGGCCUCUGCGGCUCGUCCAACCUGGCUGGGCGCCCAUCACGCAUAUUCUCCUCAUGAUGUGCCUCAGUUGACGCCCAGUCCGUCCGGCGAGCACGUUCAUCGCGCAUCCGUUCACUCAUUCACGGAACAUUCGAGUUCUUUCGAACAACCUGCUCAGUCUUCUCCGCCCGGUGAGGGCCUGGUGCUCAACACGACUUCUGCUCUGGCCUCUUCUUACCCGGGAUAUCCACUAUCACCCGACUCUUGCAUCCCAAGCCCGGGACCCAGCACGACUUCUGCUUUGCCAGUAUGGCAGCAGCCACCUCGUUCCUUGUCGGUAGAUGGGAUGCCCAUGCCUCCCAACUCGUCUGUACACUCAGGUCAAUGGUACUCGAUGCCGCCGGUACCUUUCGAGCCUGUGACCCCUCCAUCGGGCAUCCCACACUCAGCUCCUAUGCCUCCAUCCGGCUACCACGAGCAGAUGCCGAUGAUAGUCUCUGCCCCUGCAGUCUACUCGCCGGAUUUCGUUCACCACUAUGAAAACCCGGAGUACCAUCACUAUGAUCCCAAGCCGUGGAAGCGUCCGCCCGUGCCCCUGCACUACGACUAUUCCCCUCAUGGCCAUCCUCGCCUGGAUCACUCCGACCGAAAGCCUUCUUCUCAUGCCCCUCUUCCGCCCGCCAUGGUCCCGGUGCCUGGAAGCCAGUCUGCUACCUCUCAUCCGAUGAUGUGUGCUCCUGUUUCAUAUAUGAGCUAA